UUCAUGGUUACAUUUUUGCUGCUGGAAUUCUCAGACAUCUGCAAACUGCAGAUCUUACACUUCCUCAUAUUCCUGGUAUUGUAUCUGACAGCAGUAACAGGGAAUCUUCUCAUCAUCUUUGCUAUUGCCCUUGCCCACCAUCUGCACACUCCCAUGUAUUUUUUCCUCAUCAAUUUGGCCAUGGUGGACCUGGGAAGCAUUUCUGUCCUUGUUCCCAAAUCCAUGACUAUGUCCCUCACGAAUAACAGAUCAAUUGCUUACUCUGGAUGCGUGGCUCAAGUUUUCUUUUACGCAUUCUUUGCAGCCACAGAUAUUUCACUCCUGACUAUCAUGGCCCAUGACCACAAUGUUGCUACCUGCAACCCACUCCACUAUGAGAGGAUCAUGCACAAGGAAGCCUGCCUUCAGAUGGUAGCCUUUGGGUGGCUUGCGGGUCUGCUUUAUGCUACAUUGCACACUUGUGGCACCUUUGCAAACACCUUCUGUUCCAAUAUUAUCAGUCAGUUCUUCUGUGAAAUCCCACAGUUAUUAAAGCUCUCCUGCUCUGACAUUUACCUAGUUGAAGUUGGAAUUGUUGUGCUAAGUUGUAAUAUAGGGCUAGGAUGCUUCAUCUUCAUCAUCGUAACAUAUGUGAAGAUCUUUUCUGCAGUGUUCAGAAUCCCCUCUGUACACAGCCAGAAAAAGGCCCUCUCCACUUGUCUUCCCCACCUCACUGUUUUCGCUCUGUUUGCAUUCAGUGGAAUCUUUGCCUAUGCGAGGCCUCCCAGUGAUGCUUCUCCUGAUCUGGGCAUUGCUUUCGCUGUGUUAUAUGGCAUAAUUCUUCCCAUGCUGAAUCCAUUCAUCUAUAGCAUGAGAAACAAAGAGAUCAAGGCUGCCUUGUGGAAAUUAUUGGAUGUUGAGCAUUCCUCCAAAACAUCUCUUUGA